GCACCUGCGCACCUGCUGUAAUUGUGCGGACGGUAGGCCUACGACACAGGGAGGUGGCGCUUUCAUGAGUCAGUGAGCAGCCGCUUUAUAGUCCUCUGUAUUCAACGCGCAGUAUUCAUUCUCCUCAUCUCUCGUCUACGCGGUGCAGAGACUACCCCAAGGCAACAUGGCGUCCCAGUUGGAACAAUCAAUGGAGGGCCUAAUUAAAGUGUUCCAUAAAUACUCCUCAAAAGAAGGGGACAAAUACAAGUUGAGCAACUGCGAGCUGAAGAGUCUCCUGCAUGGAGAGCUGUCAGACUUCCUGGCGGCCAGUAAAGACCCAAUGGUUGUGGAAAAGAUUUUGACAGACCUGGAUGAAAACCGUGAUGGGGAAGUUGACUUUCAGGAAUUCGUGGUCCUUGUUGCAGCUCUCACUGUUGCCUGCAAUGAUUUCUUUGUGGAGAGCAUGAAGAGCUAACAUGUGGCCUUUUUACACUUUCCCCUUAAGAUUUCUAUACACAGCACAUUUUUGUCACUGAUAUGAGAAAAAAAAACCGUUAUGUACCAUUAGAACAUGUUUGGAUUUGAAAAUAAUUAUUGAAGUGUAUUUAAAAUAGCAUGUAGUAUGUUUGACCUCAUCAUCUUUGUAGCAAGUCCACAGUAAAGGUCAUGUUUCCUCUCAACAUUA